UGGCGGCGCGGGCGCCAUUUUGCCGGAGCCUGCGACCGAGCGGGAGUGGAGUGGAGCGGCCGUUGUUGCCGACUCUUUCCCCUUCCCCGCGGUCCAGUCAGCGGGUUGAUUAGGCCGUCGGCCCUCGAGCCGAAACUUGUCUCUUAAUUAGUUCUGGGGGAGCGCCUGGCCGACAUGAGUGAUGUAGAGGAGAACAACUUCGAGGGCAGAGAGUCUCGCUCUCAGUCAAAAUCUCCAACGGGAACUCCUGCUCGUGUAAAAUCGGAGAGCAGGUCAGGAUCUCGUAGUCCAUCAAGGGUUUCCAAACAUUCUGAAUCCCAUUCUCAAUCAAGAUCAAAAUCCAGGUCGAGGUCAAGGAGGCAUUCUCAUAGACGCUACACUCGAUCCAGAUCCCACUCUCAUUCUCAUAGGAGACGAUCUCGAAGUAGGUCGUACACACCAGAGUACCGGCGGCGAAGGAGCCGAAGUCAUUCUCCAAUGUCUAACCGCAGAAGACACACCGGAAGCAGGGCAAAUCCAGAUCCCAACACUUGUCUUGGAGUUUUUGGCCUCAGUUUGUACACAACAGAGAGAGAUCUUCGUGAAGUGUUUUCUCGAUACGGACCACUGAGCGGUGUCAAUGUAGUUUAUGAUCAGCGAACUGGGAGAUCUCGAGGAUUUGCUUUUGUUUAUUUUGAGAGGAUAGAUGACUCAAAGGAGGCUAUGGAAAGAGCAAAUGGAAUGGAGUUGGAUGGGAGAAGAAUUCGUGUGGACUAUUCCAUCACCAAGAGAGCGCACACACCUACACCAGGCAUCUACAUGGGCAGACCAACUCACAGUGGUGGUGGCGGUGGCGGUGGAGGUGGCGGAGGAGGUGGAGGUGGCGGCAGACGUCGGGACUCUUACUAUGAUAGAGGUUACGAUCGUGGCUAUGACAGAUACGAAGACUACGAUUACCGGUACAGAAGACGAUCACCUUCUCCUUACUACAGUCGAUACAGAUCGCGGUCAAGAUCUCGUUCCUACAGCCCAAGGCGCUAUUGAUAAUGGAAUGGUUGCAGUUAAGGACUCCCCCCCCCCCCCCCCCUCAUUAUUUUCUCUUUCUAUCUUUUUGGUUUUUGUUUUUCUUUAAUUUUGGAUUUCCCCAAGUCUCUAAUCCUUCCUAGUCCUUAAAAAAUCUUUGGUUUUUUAGCAUCUACACUUUGUCAAUUGUGUUGCUGUUUUCCACCCUUUUUAUUAUACUCUUAAAGAUGUGAUUGUCAUUUUGAGUAGUUAAACAUCUUGAGUAAAAAAAGGAAACCCCCAUGUUAUGCUUUGUAGAUGAUUUUUCUUUGCUUUUACAGAGGAUUAACUCCUGGCUAAUCAAAUGAGAAGAAUGAUCUUUUUAAAGACCUCCUUUUGUGUUAGAUAUUGUAUUAGACAUUGUGUUAGAGACUUGGCAUUUUCAUCAAACUUUUUUUUUUAAACUUUAUUUUUGGGAACAUAGUAACACAAAAUAGUUCAGUCAUGUCGGGUUUGGGGUGGCAUGGAACAAAUAGGUUGAAUGUAGAAGGUUUGAAGCUAUAGAAGAAAAUACUUGGACAUUUCUUUUGAAGAGGGAACUUUUGAACUAUUAUAAACUAAGUCAUUUUUUAGAGAUGAAAAACUUGUGGAUGCCUACAAAAUUAUUUCAAAUACAUCUGUUCAGUCUUAGAAACUUAAAAGUGUGAUUUUUGUGUUAAAAUUAUUGAAGCUUAAGUAUUCCCUUAAUCUGUGAAGGACAACCCUUAUUUAUUAUAUAGAGCAAUUGUAUAAUUUGCUGUUAGAAAUUUUGGUAUUGGAUAAUGGUUAAGCAGGCUAUUGUGUAGUAUAGAAAUUCUUAGAAGAUACCUGUGGGGGAAAGUAGUCUCCUUCCAAAUAAAAGUUAAUAUCUUUGAA